AUGCAGCACGUUCUCCAGACCGCAUUGAGCUCCGGUCUUUCGGCCACCGAAGGCUACCACUCAGACAAGCCUAACAAGGUCGAUCCCUCAUUCAAUGGCAUGCAAGCAGUUCUGCCUCAGUCCUUUGUUCCUCAGACGUCAACGCGCAUCACGUUGAAAGGCAAGAAGGCAGAUGUACAAAUUCCCUGGAUGUCCAUCGGCGCAUGGUCUUGGGGAGACAAGGCGACAUGGCACUGGGAUCCAAAGGAACUCGACGGCGUAAAAGAGGCUUGGAAGUUCAUGGUCGACAACGAUCUCACCUAUAUUGAUACUGCUCAGGCCUACGGUUCAGGCGAGAGCGAGAGGAUCUGUGGUGAGCUUGUCAAAGGCAUGCCCCGCGAUAGCUUCGUCAUGCAGACCAAGUACUACGUUGUGCCCGACAACUUCAAGAACCUCGUCACACCGGGCUCUGCACCGUACAAGAUGCUCAAGGAGUCUCUGGAGCGCAUGAAGCUAGACUUUGUUGACGUUUACAUGGUCCAUGGACACAUCCACGCUGGAAGCAUCAAGCAAGUCGCCAAGUCAAUGGCGCAGUGCGUGGAUGAGGGCCUCUGCAAGGUGGUGGCUGUCGCCAACUACAGCAAAGAAGACAUGUUGGAGAUGAAGCAAGCGCUUGCCGAAUACGACGUCCCUCUCGAGUUGAACCAAUGCGAGUUCCACGUCAUGCGUCGACUGCCCGAGACAGAAGGUAUGCUGAAGGCGUGCCGUGAGAACGGUAUUCAGUUCCAGUCAUACUCGUCACUAGCACAAGGCCGCUUGACUGGAAAGUGGACGCCCGAGAGAGAGCCACCAAAGUCAUACCGCUUCAGCUCGUACCCCAUCAAGGAGAUCCAGCAUACACUCGACGUGGUGAAGAAGAUUGCAGAGAAGCGUGGUGUCAGCAUGUCUGCCGUAGCGCUUAACUACAACAUCAGCAAGGGCGUCAACCCUGUUGUUGGCAUCAGAAAUCUCGAGCAGGCCAAGAGUAACAUCCAGGCAUUUGGAUGGAGGUUGACAGACGAGGAGAUCCAAGAGAUGGACAGCGUCAGUAUCGAGGGCAAGCACAGCGCUCUCUGGCAGCAGGGAUAA